GCUCGGAGCUGGUUGUCAGCUGUCAGACGGAGGAGCCUGCACACGGCUGCAGCCUGCCGAGCGCAGGAGGUGACGGGCAGCACGGGGUUCGAUCGCUCGGUGCUGCAGUUCCUGGUCUGCCCCCUCUCCAGGAAGGCUCUCAGGUACGACGAGUCUACUAAUGAACUCCUUAACGACGAGCUUGGCAUCGCUUAUCCUGUAGUGGAUGGGAUACCCAAUCUGAUUCCUCAGGAUGCAAGGAUGAUUCACAAAGAGAAGAAGGAGCCUGACAACACACAACAGUAGCCUGACAACCUUGGAGAUGUUUCUGUCUCUCCCCACGCUGACUGUGCUCGUGCCUCUCGUGUCGCUGUGUGGAAUCUUUUAUUCGGCCUCUGUGGACGAGGACUUCCCCCAGGGAUGUACCAGCACGGCGAGCGUGUGCUUCUACAGUCUGCUGCUGCCCAUCACUCUGCCCGUCUACGUGUUUUUUCAUCUCUGGACGUGGAUGGGACUCAAGCUUUUCAGACAUAAUUAAACUAGACGGUGACAUUUCAGUGUGUGAUUUGCAGGUAUGGUCAUGGCAGGAGUUCUUCAUCACUGGGAGCAUCUCACAACUGUGAUUUAUCUUCUUCUCUAAUAAAUAUAUAUUGAAAAAAUGA